ACAGCCCUGGUUGCCAGGGUAACCGUUGUACACAAUCGCAUAGCUUAGCUGUAGCGACUGCGUCUCAUUCCUUCAAACUAUCCUGCACUAAAUCGAGUUUAAUGUUUCGAGAAAACGUUACAUGUGGCUACUGUAGCUAACCGAAUAGCCUCUAAAACCAGUGGAAGACGCCUUUUUUUCUUUUUUUUCUUUGAUUCGGAACAGUGUUCCCUGGGGUUACUUUGAAACCAUGCCAGCACAAUUGAAAGCUGCAAAUGUGAAAUCUAAACAGGGGUCAGUUGCACAGUCUCAGUCUACCAAGGCUCCUGUUAAACCAGCCAAAGCCGCCAGUAAGAGAAAGGAUGAUGAUGAUGGGACAGAACUAGGUGAUGGAACUGAAGACUGGAUGCAGGGGAAGACCCUGGUCAAACCACCCGACCAGCUGGACCUGACUGAAGCUGAGCUGAAAGAGGAGUUUACAAGGAUCCUGACAGCAAAUAAUCCACACGCCCCUCAGAACAUCGUCCGCUACAGCUUCAAGGAGCGUGCCUACAAGCCCAUCAGCAGUGUGGACCAGCUGGCCGUCCACUUCGUCCUGGAGGGGAACCUGCUGCACCUGGACUCGGACGAGGCUCGCAGGCAGAGGGCCAAGCAAGGAAUGGCUGAAGAAAAAGCUCCUGUUGAAUCCUCCAUAGCAGAAACCGACGAGGAGAAGCCAGAAACUCCGGCUGGGGGGGAGGAGCCAGCCGAGGGGGAGGCGGAGCCAGAGGAGGGCGGAGCCGAGGAGAGGGCGGAGAGCGCGGAAAUGAAGGGCGGCGGGCGCGAGCAGAAGCUCACCAACCAGUUCAACUUCAGCGAGCGGGCGUCCCAGACGCUCAACAACCCCCAGAGGCAUCGAGAAUGCCAAACAGAACCCCCACCUCGUUCAAACUUCUCAGCCACAGCCAAUCAGUGGGAGAUCUACGACGCGUACGUGCAGGAGCUGCAGAAGCAGGAGAAGAGCAAGGAGAAGCAGAAAGCGCCCCCGUCCAAGAAGGAGGAGGACCGGGCCAAGAAGAAGGCCGUGCUGGCAGAGGCGCAGAGUGACGACAUCACCAAAGUGGCAAAGGUGGCCAAAAUCAUCGAGCGAAUGGUCAACCAGAACACCUUCGAUGACAUCGCACAAGACUUCAAGUACUUUGAGGACGCUUCCGAUGAGUUCCGGGAACAGGAAGGAACUUUGCUCCCGCUCUGGAAGUUCCAGUACGAUAAAGCCAAAAGGCUGGCUGUGACUGCCCUCUGCUGGAAUCAGAAAUACAAAGACAUUUUUGCCGUGGGACUCGGCUCCUAUGAUUUCACUAAGCAGGGCCACGGGAUGGUGCUCCUCUACUCGCUGAAGAACUCCACGUUCCCCGAGCACGCCUUCCCCACGCUCUCCGGGGUCAUGUGCCUGGACGUCCACGCCAGCCUGUCCCACCUGGUGGCCGUGGGCUUCUACGACGGCUGCGUGGCCGUGUACAACCUGCAGGAGCACCCAAACCCCGUCUACAGGAGCACCGCCAAGUCCGGGAAACACACCGACCCCGUCUGGCAGGUGAAAUGGCAGAAAGACGACAUGGACAACAAUCACAUUUUCUUCUCCGUGUCGUCCGAUGGGCGUGUUGUUUCUUGGACUCUAGUCAAGAACGAGCUGGUGUUCACAGACGUCAUCAAGCUGUCCAUAGAGGGCGCUGUUACGGAGGAGCCAGAGGGCCUACGGCUGCCCACCAUGGCCUGCGGAACCUCCUUUGACUUCCACAAGCAGAUCGACUACUUGUUUCUGGUUGGCACCGAAGAAGGAAAAAUUCACAAGUGCUCCAAGGCCUACUCCAGCCAGUUCCUGGAGACCUACAGCGCCCACAACAUGGCUGUGGACUGCGUGCGCUGGAACCACUUCCACCCCAAAGUCUUCAUCUCCUGCAGCUCCGACUGGACCGUCAAGAUCUGGGACCACACCAUCAGCACGCCCAUGUUCACCUUUGACCUGAACUCUGCGGUCGGGGACGUGGCGUGGUCGCCGUACUCCUCCACCGUGUUCGCCGCCGUCACCGCCGACGGAAAGGUUCACGUAUUUGACCUGAGCGUCAACAAGUACGAGGCCAUCUGCCAGCAGCCCGUGGUGGCCAAGAAGAAGACCAAGCUGACCCACAUCGAGUUCAACCCCGUCCACCCCAUCGUCGUCGUCGGCGACGACCGCGGCUACGUCAUCAGCCUCAAGCUCUCCCCCAACCUGCGCAAGAAGCCCAAGGAGAAGAAGGGGCAGGAGGUGCCCAAGGGCCCCGAGGUGGAGAUCGCCAAGAUGGAGAAGCUGCUAAGCCUGCUGAGGGACCCGGGAAACACCUCCUAGAGCUGCAGCCCCUCAGAGGCAUCUGGCACAGGGCUGUCUUACACAGAGCCGUCUUACAGAGGCAUCUUACACAGGGCUGUCGUACACAGAGCUGUCUGACACAGCUCUGACACAGGCAUCUGACACAGAGCCAUCUUACACAGCAGUCUUACACAGGCAUAUGACACAGGUAACUGACACAGCUCUCACACAGGCAUAUGACACAGGUAACUGACACAGCUCUCACAUGGGCAUCUGACACAGAACCAUCUUACACAGGCAUCUCACACAGAACCAUCUUACACAGGAAUCUCACACAGAACCAUCUCACACAGGCAGCCCACAUAGCCAUCUGACACAACUAUUCAACACAGACAUCUAAUCUCACACAGAACCAU